CAGCAGGCGGAUAUCACAAAAGACCUCGAAAACCGCUAAUAUCUACAAUGCACAGCACCUGCUCCUUGUUCACCGACCACCGGUGCUCUAACACUGGAUUGCCCGUUCACAUCAGGGUCCCCGUUUAUUCGCUAAGGCAGGCUGUCAUGCAUCCUGCGCCCAUGUUCAUCAGGCACUUUUCAUGCGUUCACCUCUCGAUCUCGUCCCCGGCCACCCAAGCCACAUUCAGCUCGACGCACCCCUUCUGCAGCCACGAAUAGGCGUUUUUACUUGCCCGGAAUACCCUCCCACUUCGAUUCCCCACUACGUCCUAUGCUUCGCCGCUCUGGUUCUCCUCCAGGGUUUGAUGGUGCGCUUCCCCACUGCUCGAGGAUCUUCUGGACAUCCAUCAUUCAUCUGCCAUGCUCGCCUUCAAGAUGCUGUUCUUGUGAGUCCUCUCAGCGCUCGUACAGUCCUUACAUUGUCCUUCUCAAGGUUAAUUACGUGUUUCUUCUCUUGACGUGUACCCUGUUUAUCCCCACUAGCCCAUGCACCAACUAGACGAGAACCCCCCCCCCCCCCCAAUGCUGUCCCACCGCUCUACUCUCAUUGACUUCGACAUCGUCGUUGGCCAUCUUUAAUCUCUCAUUCAGGUUCUCUGAGCUCAGGGUACCCUUCUGCUCAGAACAUUUAGAUUUAUUUUUAAAUGCACAUGUUUGUAUAUGAAUUUGUAGAUUAGCACAUGAGAAUGGAUCAGUGAGAUUCAUAGCUUU